ACAAGCUGAUCGGAGCUCGAUUCUUAUCUGUUGAUUGGGUUUUUAGUGUGGUUUCAGCUUCCAACGUCUUGUAACACCAUGAACGCAUUUGUUAGUAGUACACAUUGGUUUAGAGUACAACAAAAACCUGUAGUCACUUCCCAGUCGUUCGUUUGUGGAUCUUCCGGGCAACAGUUAAAAAGACUCGUUAUUCGAAAAUCAUCUCUCAAACCUUUUAUCGGGGAAUUCCGCAGCAACUGUAUUUCUCGUUACAACGGUAGGAAUGAGUCGAACGUCUUGGAUCAACCUGUCCCGGAUAGGCUUUCUCAAGGUGCUUUCAAACGUCCUUGGUUCUUUGGAGGAGCUCCUCGAAGAAUACUCGUUUGGUUUUUUGCUGACCUAAGAGUGCAGGACAACGAGGCUUUGAUUAAGGCAGUGCAGAAUGGAUCUGUCCCAGGAGGUUUAGUACUGCCUCUAGUAGCGUUGCAUCAAGAAAUGCCAAGAAGUGCUGUCGUUGAAUUGAAGACAGAGUUGCAAAGACGUGGCUCUGAUCUUUGCGUCCUGCCCAAGUUUUCUACAGAGUCGGUAUUGGAAGUGUGCCAUAAAUAUGGAAUAGAAGCAAUCUACUACAAUCACGCCGAACUACCCGACCAGAUUCAACUUCAAACUGAAAUGAUCACUGAUUUGGAAAGCAAGGGUAUUCAAGUAGAAGGUUUCUGGAGCAACACUCUUGUCAGUCCCGACCAGUUUGCCAACUUGGAAAUUUCGGAUAUGGGUUUUAGGAAGUUUUCACAAGAGGCAAAGAACGUGAAAGUUUCACAGCCACUCAGUGUACCGAAUAAGUUGCCGCAUGUUCCUGAAGACAUCCCAAGACUUUUGGAUAAUAGUGUUGGAACUUAUGGCUUCUCCAUAGCAGAGUCUACAGCUUGGUCUUUGUUAGAAACUCAUCAAAAGAAUAGUUGCAAGGAAAGUGAUGGUGCAUUUAUCUUUCGGUUGAAGCCUUAUUUGGAUCAUGGCUGUAUUUCUCCAAGAAACUUAUUUGACUCCAUGAAAGAAAUGAAUAACAAGCAUACUAUUCCUAGUGGCAUGUUCCAAAUCCUUUAUGCUGAAUUGUUGUGGAGAAGUUAUGUUACUUUUAUUUCUCAUCAAAGGAUAAAGGUAAAAUCGCAUGCCAUUCAUAGUGCAUGAUUUACGAAGCUGUCCAUCUUGAAGAUGGUUUCCUUGAGUUCCCAUGUUUGUGUG